CACCUCCCAGCAGCACCCGCGGCGCCUCUCGAGGACUCCAUCUCCCAGAGUGCGCCGGGAGAGCCGCCCCGCCCCGCCCCCUGCCCCGGGCCGGCUGGAGACACCUCGCGCAGGAAGCAGCUCUGUGGUGCGAAGUCGGUGGUGCAGGGCUCGGGUGCAGCCAACAUGGGUGAGCCCCAGGGGUCCAUGCGGAUCCUAGUGACAGGGGGCUCUGGGCUGGUCGGCAGAGCCAUCCAGAAGGUAGUAGCAGAUGGAGCCAGGCUGCCUGGAGAGGACUGGGUGUUUGUCUCAUCCAAGGACGCUGAUCUCACGGACACUGCACAGACCCGAGCCCUGUUUGAAAAGGUCCAGCCCACACAUGUCAUCCAUCUUGCUGCAAUGGUGGGGGGCCUGUUCCAGAAUAUCAAAUACAAUUUGGACUUCUGGCGGAAAAACGUGCAGAUCAAUGACAAUGUCCUACAAUCGGCUUUUGAGGUGGGCGUCCAAAAGGUGGUCUCCUGCCUUUCGACCUGCAUCUUCCCAGACAAGACCACCUACCCUAUCGAUGAGACCAUGAUCCACAAUGGGCCGCCACACAGCAGCAACUUUGGCUACUCCUACGCCAAGAGGAUGAUUGACGUGCAGAACAGGGCCUACUUCCAGCAGCACGGCUGCGCCUUCACUGCUGUCAUCCCCACCAACGUCUUUGGGCCCCACGACAACUUCAACAUCGAGGAUGGCCAUGUGCUGCCUGGCCUCAUCCACAAAGUGCACCUGGCCAAGAGCAGCGGCUCAGCCCUGACAGUGUGGGGCACGGGGAAGCCACGGAGGCAGUUCAUCUACUCACUGGACCUGGCCCGGCUCUUCCUCUGGGUCCUGCGGGAGUACAGGGAGGUGGAGCCUAUCAUCCUGUCAGUGGGUGAGGAGGAUGAGGUCUCCAUCCAGGAAGCAGCUGAGGCUGUGGUAGAGGCCAUGGACUUCCAUGGGGAGGUCACUUUUGAUACAACCAAGUCCGAUGGGCAGUUUAAGAAGACGGCCAGUAACGGCAAGCUGCGAGCCUACCUGCCUGACUUUGAGUUCACUCCCUUCAAGCAGGCUGUGAAGGAAACCUGUGCCUGGUUCAGUGACAACUAUGAGCAGGCCCGGAAGUGAAGUGCAGUGGUGGAAGUGGGUGCCGGCUUCCCCCAAGGUCCCAGCCGCUGCUUAGCUGGCAGAGUCCAGUGCAACCACGUUCAGACCCUGCCGGAAGUAGUGAGCACAGCUCCACAGCCUGAGCCCGUGUUCCACCCCCUCCACCAGGGUGGCUCUGGGCAGCUGUCCAGCAGGGCCACCAUUCUUGUGUGUCCUCAGGGCAACCAAGGCCUGGCCAGGCCUGGCACCUUAUUCCCCCAGUGCCAGUCCCCAGGUCCUGUGUGUGUGCACUGCUGACCUGCUCUCCCAAUUCCCAGGAGCCAAUAAAGUCCAUUUACACAG